CAACACCCUUUUUGUCAUUCUACUCCGGGAUAGCAAGAGAGGUGUGUGUAUGACACUACCAGAGAGACAGGAGAGACAGGAUAAGAGAAAGUAAAGAGAGAGCAUGUGACACUCACAUGUUGGCUGUGAGGGAGAACACUGAUAGUGGUGACUAUUUGUAGGUGUACCUGUAGGUUACAUGUUCCUGACUACAAAACUUUGACACAAAAUUUGCAUUCCUCUUUGGGUUGGCAGAACGAAGUGUGGGAGCACAGCUAAGCACCCCACCCCCACCCCCACAACCCACCCCUUUCAGAGGCCAUGGAGGAAGCCAAAGUCACUGAAGUUCCCCACCUGGAGCGGAGGGUCCGGCAGCGGAAAGAGCCCAUGACCGUUCUGAAGACCAAGCUGAGCCGUAGCCUGUCCUGCUCUGUGCCCAGGGUCAAGAACACCUUGACUGGGUUCUUCCCUGUGGUGCUCUGGCUCCCCAAGUACAAACUGAAAGAGUAUAUCUGGGGUGAUCUCAUGUCAGGCCUCAUCAUAGGCAUCAUCCUGGUGCCCCAGGCCAUCGCCUACUGCCUGCUGGCCGGAGUGGACCCUAUCUAUGGCCUCUACACUUCCUUCUUCGCCAACAUAAUCUACUUCUUCAUGGGGACCUCCAGGCACGUGUCUGUGGGCAUCUUCAGUCUUAUGAGCCUCAUGGUGGGCCAGGUUGUGGACAGAGAGGUGUAUAUGGCAGGGUUCGAGCUGGAUGAUACCAAAGCAGCCACGGUAGAUGGAUUCUUAAACGUAACAGAAGACUCAGACAGCUCAGCCGUCAACCUGACAAUAGGGGCCUUCGGCAUGGAGUGUGGGAAAGAAUGUUAUGCCAUCAGCAUCGCAGCAUCCUUGACGUUUUUGGCUGGGAUUUACCAGGUAUUGAUGGCUGUGUUCAGACUGGGCUUUGUCUCCGUCUACCUCUCUGCUCCCAUGCUGGAUGGCUUCGCCACAGGCGCAUCGUUCACCAUCCUCACCGUCCAAGCCAAGUACCUACUGGGGCUCAAGAUCCCUCGCCACCAGGGCUACGGCACUGUGGUGGUCACCUGGAUCAAUAUCUUCAGUAACAUCCAGAACACCAACUACUGUGACCUCAUCACCAGCGUCAUCUGCAUCUCUGUCCUGGUGUUGGGGAAGGAGCUCCAAGAUCGCUACAAGGAUCGUCUGAAGAUCCCUCUGCCCACAGAGCUGGUAGUGGUGGCGGGCGCUACACUGGUGUCCCACUUUGCAGACUUCCAUGGACGGUACGACUCCAGUGUUUCUGGUGCUAUCCCCACAGGCUUCAUCCCCCCUAAGGUGCCCAGUUUUGGUCUGAUGCCCCGGGUGGCCUUCGAUGCCAUCCCACUGGCUGUGAUCAGCUUUGCCUUCACGGUUUCCCUCUCUGAGAUGUUUGCCAAGAAGAACGGCUACACCGUCCGGCCCAACCAGGAGAUGUUGGCCAUUGGUUUCUGUAACAUUAUCCCUUCCUUCUUCCACUGUUUCACCACCAGUGCUGCCCUGGCUAAAACUAUGGUGAAAGACUCCACGGGCUGCCAGACUCAGGUCUCCAGCAUUGUAAGUGCCUUUGUCGUUCUCCUGGUCCUGCUCUUCUUUGCCCCCUUCUUUUAUUCCCUCCAGAAGUGCGUCCUGGCCUGUAUCAUCAUCGUCAGCCUGAGGGGAGCUCUCCGUAAGUUCAGAGACGUGCCCAGUAAGUGGCGCGUCAGUAAGAUGGACGCUGUCGUCUGGAUGGUGACUAUGAGUGCCUCAGCACUGAUCAGUGUGGAGAUGGGGCUGGUGGUUGGGGUGGUUUUCUCUAUCCUCUGUAUCAUCGUCCAGACCCAGAAGCCCAAGGUUUCGCUGCUAGGACAGGUCCAUGACACUGUCUACUACGAGGAUUUGGAGGAGUAUGAAAACCUCAUGUCCCUCCCUAAAGUGAAGAUCUUCCGCUUCCAGGCCCCGCUCUACUAUGCAAACAAGGACUUCUUCCUGAAGUCGCUGUACAAGGCCGUGGGCGUGGAACCCUUCCUGGAGAUGACCAGGAGGAUGGAAGCAGAGAAAAAAUCUGAAAAAAUGGCAGCGAAGGAAGUCGGGAGAGACGACAAGACUAAUGGAGAGGUGAAUGUAGGGCUGGUAUCCAGAGAACUUGACUUCCACACUAUCAUCUUAGACUGCUCUGCCAUGCCCUUCGUAGACUCCACAGGGAUGCAAACCUUCAAAGGGAUCAUUAAAGACUAUAAGGAGGUGGGUGUCACAGUGCUGCUAGCAAGCUGUAAUACAACGGUCAUAGAUUCUCUCAGACAAGGCUCUUUCUUUGGGAAGGCUGACAAAGACAUGGAACGCUUGUCAUUCUAUACUGUACACACUGCAGUUCAAUUUGCCAAUGACAGGGCAACAUCUGCAUUUAUUGGUGACACAUUGGUGUAGACCAGAGCCGUAUAUUUCCAAAUAAAUGGAUAUGUAAAUAAAUGGCUUUGGUCAGGGAUGGACUGGCCUGGCAAUUCUGGAAAAUGCCAGAUAGGCUGGACAAUUUUUCUGUUGGGUGGCUUGGUCAAAAUUGACACACACACAAACAAAAAUGUUUUUAUAUCAAAAUAAAACAAUUAAAAAGGUGACAUCGCCGGCGGUCCAUGGGCCUGGUAGCCCUUCACACUCACAGCCCCUGUCAUCCCCUGUACGGGUUGAAAAUGGCAGAUUUGGUCACUCAUAAGCAUCUAAAUCUGAAUGCAGUGGCUGUACAGUAAUGUACUAUAUAUGAUGUCAGAACAAGCUCUUUACUUUACAGCCCUGUGUGCGAUUCAACUGACAGUCAUUCUAAACAUGUGUACCACGUACAAUAAAAUAAAUGCCCCCAAACCCUCCUGCUAAUUGGGCUAGUAGUUAAGCAACAUUUUUGUGGUCUGAGUGAGGGGACGCUGUAAAUUGAGAGGAGUCAAUGUGUUCUGACAGAUGACACGUUGAGGAUUAUAAGAAACACUGCUGUGAUGUCAUACAAGCAAACCACACACCCAGAAGUCCAAAUGUGCACUUCACAUUUCCAUAUUUGAAAACUGAUGUAAUUUACCGUAUCAACAAUCAUGAUAGCUAUAUUUGAUGUACAGUUACACGAAUGACAAGCGUCAUACCAUGGGUUGUCCUGAACAGAAUGUUUGUCAUAUUGUGAAGAAAAUUGGCUGCGGAACACACACUUGAAGGACUCCAUUCUAUGCGCACAAAAAUUACAAUAUGUUUGUCUGAAGUGCCUUGUGAAAGCCUAACACUGUAAGAUCCUAUUUUAUAACUAGUCAUGUUGGCAAUAGAAUAAGCUUUCAAAUGAUGUCCACCUGACCCAGAUUGUGAUUUAUAAUGGAACGUUUGUUUUGGACGUAAUUGUGUGAUGGUGGGGACGCAGGGCUGUGUUCCAAACAAAAGACUGUAGGUGUCCUUGCUUCAGUUCCUCAACGGCAAAGCUAGGAGAUCAAAAAAAAACACCUUUAAGUUGAAGGCUCUUUCCUUGUGUCAUAAAAGUGCAUUGAAAUGACUUAGGUACUGUGCACAGUUCGGAGAGGUGUGUGUCCACUUGAAGACACCAGUUAGACCUCUCACUCAAGCCCUUGUAAUAAUGUUUGCACCUACCCCAAAAUUGCAGUGAAUAUUCUUAUCUUAUGAUUGUAUUCGUCAUCAACAAAUGCAGCGAAAAUUACAGUAAAUGUUAAACGCAGAUGAAAUCAACAGCGUAAUGUUUGGAUUUGUUUGGUCUUGUGUCAGGUGAACUGUUGUGUUCUCACAUUUGGUCUGAUCAUUUCCUUCAAUUUAUACCAUGGUCAUGCAUAUACUUUUUAUAUUUCUUCUGUUAGAAACUAUCCAUAUAGGUGUAAAGGGUUAAAGAUGUACCAAGCAGAAAUCUCUCCGACAUUUCCUGGUUGCUAAAAUUCUAAUACUGUAGUUCACCUAAUUUCAGUUUGUGACAAAAUAAGCAAGUCUAGUGUAGAGAAUCAUUGUACAAUCUGUGAAACAUAUUUUCCAUAAGCAAAAAUAUUGUAUUUUCAGCUGUUUGAAGCUGGUGUAUAAAACCGAAAGUAAAAGACACAAAAACCAAAUUUAAGACUGGGAAGCAUAGAAAUGGCGCUCAUAGAACAGAUCUACUGCUUCUUAGACUUGCUUUCAAGAAGAAUGACAAAUCUAUAAAUCACAUUUCUAUCAAAUUUGCCUUUGGUUGUUCUGUGGGCAACGGCUGAGCUGAGGUCACGCAAACUCACCUUCAAGGUCAAAUGUGGCAUCAGACCUUCCCCGACUCUGUCAUAAGUUAUACAGCCAAGAUCAUAAAAAACGGAAAGGUGUUCAUAAACGUAGCAAGAGCAAGUUGUACAUUGUCACCUCAAAGAUCCUAUUUUGUUGGCGGCUAAACCUAUGAUUUGGUCAAACAGUAAAGUGUAUUAUCCUCAUGA